GGUCGCGGCGGCGGCGGCUGCUGCGGGGAGGGAGCCCGGAGCGGAGGGAUGUGGGGCUUUGGGGGAGGCAGGAUCUUCGGGAUCUUCUCCGCUCCCGUCCUGGUGGCCGUGGUCUGCUGCGCCCAGAGCGUGAACGACCCGGGGAACAUGUCCUUCGUGAAAGAAACUGUGGAUAAAUUGUUGAAAGGCUACGACAUUCGCCUCCGGCCGGAUUUUGGAGGACCUCCUGUGUGCGUUGGGAUGAACAUAGACAUUGCCAGUAUCGACAUGGUUUCUGAAGUCAACAUGGAUUAUACCUUAACAAUGUAUUUUCAACAAUAUUGGAGAGAUAAGAGACUAGCCUAUGCUGGGAUACCUCUCAACCUUACACUUGAUAAUCGAGUGGCAGAUCAACUCUGGGUCCCCGACACUUACUUUUUAAAUGACAAGAAGUCAUUUGUGCAUGGAGUUACAGUGAAAAAUCGAAUGAUUCGCCUUCAUCCAGAUGGAACAGUGCUGUAUGGCCUCAGAAUCACAACUACUGCAGCUUGUAUGAUGGACCUGAGAAGAUACCCAUUAGAUGAACAAAACUGUACUCUGGAAAUAGAGAGCUAUGGUUAUACAACAGAUGACAUAGAGUUUUACUGGAGAGGUGGAGAUAAUGCAGUGACAGGCGUAGAGAGGAUCGAGCUUCCGCAGUUCUCCAUUGUGGAAUACAGACUGGUGUCAAAGAAUGUUGUCUUCGCCACAGGUGCGUAUCCAAGACUCUCACUGAGCUUUAAGUUAAAGAGAAAUAUUGGAUACUUUAUUCUUCAGACCUACAUGCCCUCUAUACUGAUUACCAUUUUAUCAUGGGUGUCAUUCUGGAUCAAUUAUGAUGCAUCAGCAGCAAGAGUUGCCCUUGGAAUUACAACUGUGCUGACUAUGACAACAAUCAACACUCAUCUUCGGGAGACUUUGCCUAAAAUUCCCUAUGUUAAAGCCAUUGACAUGUAUCUUAUGGGCUGCUUUGUAUUUGUCUUCUUGGCCUUACUUGAAUACGCCUUUGUCAAUUACAUCUUCUUUGGAAAAGGACCUCAAAGGCAGAAGAAACUUGCAGAAAAGACAGCAAAGGCAAACAUUGACCGCUCAAAAUUUGAAGGCAACCGGGUGGAUGCCCAUGGAAACAUUUUGCUAACAUCUCUUGAAAUUCACAACGAAGUGGCAAGCCAUGAGGUUACAACCAGCGUUACUGAUGCUAGGAAUUCAACAAUAUCCUUUGACAACUCAGGAAUCCAGUACAGAAAACAAAGCGCACAUCGGGAAAGCUUUGGAAGGCGUACAAUGGACAGAACAGUGCCCCACAGCAAAAAGAGCCAUUUACGGAGGAGGUCUUCACAGCUAAAAAUAAAAAUCCCUGAUCUAACGGAUGUGAAUGCCAUAGACAGAUGGUCGCGGGUGGUGUUUCCAUUCACAUUUUCUCUUUUCAACUUAAUUUAUUGGUUAUAUUAUGUUAACUGAGUGACUGUACUUUUCUAAAAGACUUCAAUAAUAAUACAUGAGAUAUUGCUCUGCCUGUCAAGUUUAUAUAUAUAUAUAUGUAUAAUAUGAACUUUUAUUAUAUAUAAAAUACACAUGUAUGUGUGUAUACAUAUAUUGUGGAAGUAUGUGUAUAUAUAGACACGUGCACAGAAGUGUACUCUAUAUAUAUAUACAUGCACACACACACACGUAUACAUAUUCUGAGGUUAUGGACAAUUCAAUAUAGAAUGCACAUCAAAAGAACUUUUUUAAAUUGAAAGACAGGUGUCCUCAAAACAGUAAGCCUUGAGAAAAUUGAGUAUUGUAUAAUCUCACUUUGACUGUCAUAGAAAUUUUUAAAUAGUUGUAAUCAUAUAUCAAGUCAGUAUUCGUAAACAUUGAUUGUAAAAGCUGACAUACACGUUGAACAUAAACCGACACCUUUCCAUUGGUAAGUUUAAAAUGUCAUUUGUAUUGCAUAUCAAUGUUACUUUUAUCAAGCCAAAUUCAUUUUCCUUUGCUAACAGUUCUAGUUUUUAUAUGUUGUAAUAGAUUUUUUUCCUGUCAAUUUUCCAGUGAUCGCUUGCUUUCUCUUCUGCAGUAAGUAAGCCUAAUCAUAGGAUGAGUGUUGCUUUAGUGUUUUGGAAAAAUUCAUGUUUCCAAACAUCCAUCUUAAAUACCCAUCAGCAAUGAAAGGAAUUUUUUGUAAGUACUAAAAUGUACAGUGCAAUUUUUUCACUUGGACUGGUUCCAGCUAAUAUGUCAUUCUGAAAAACAAGCACAUUUUUAGUGUAAUUUAGCUAAGAAUUCAAUCACUGCCAAUGUGUUCUGCAUCUGCUAUAGAUUUUAAAGGUCAUUAUUCUAGUGAAAGCAUAAAGACAUCUCAGGUUAUUUGCUAAUUCAACAUGAAAC